UCAGUCACUUCUCUUUAGGACAUGGGUUUUCUUGCAUGUUCAAUCUAACUGGCCAGGACAUUUUGUACACAGAUGCGGCUGGCCUCGUACCCAAGGACCCUUGUAUUACGAAUCAGCGAAAUAGCGAUUAGGAUUUAGGAGAUAGUGCACAGAGAGAAAGAGAGAGAGAGAGAGAGAGAGAGAGGAGAGCUUUAUCCCUUUCUUUCAUUUAGGGGAAGCCGAAAGGGGAACAGGUCUUGAACAGUGCUGAUUUGGGCAGAUAUCUUGUUUUUCUGAUAUUCCAUGUCCUCCAUCUGCUUUCACAUUUACGCCACAAAAGCGCCCUCUGUCUGUUUUCUGGCUAUUUAUAUCUGCCAUGGUUUCGGGAAACCGUAUGCAUGUUCUUAGCCACAAGAAAAGGAGAGACAGACGUCGGCUUCGUUGAUUUGGUGUCUUGGAACAAUAACAGGGCGAUCCGCAGAAGCAGAACCGGGUUGUCGGAAGAUGGAGAGGCUGAACUCGGACCUGUAUCUGCAGAACUGCUACAUAAUGCAGGAGAACGAGAGGCUGAGGAAGAAAGCCCAGCUCCUCAACCAGGAGAACCAGGCACUCCUUUCCCAGCUGAAGAACAAUUUCUCCAAUGCCAAGGAAGGUCCUAGUUCUACCUCGAACACCACCAUUCAUGAUCUGCGUCACAGCUCCGCUAGCUCUCGUCCUGAUUAUUCUAAUUCCAACGCCAACGCCUGAUUCAGAUGCGCCACAACGCCCCGCGACCCCAUCGACGACAAUCAGCUCUCUUCUUUAGGUGUACCAGUUAGAAAAAAGUUUGUCAUCAAUAGAUUCGUCGGUUCAGUUUCUCUUUAUCCACGAUCUUUGCGGGUUGACAUAUCAAUAUCUACUCUCACAAACACGUCUUGGUCUAUCACCAAAUGCCAAAUGCUCUCUCUCUC